AUGGCAGAGAGACCUCCCACCCCACCCAAGAAGGUGGAGAAUUGCCCUUGUGGUGCUGCACUCCAGCGACGUGCUGACUUGGAGCAGCUGCAGCUGCUGCAGAAGACUUUCUUCAAGGCACAGCUGCAGCCCUCGCUGCCCUGCAGCUUUCCCAAGGCCUCUGUCCUGCCACUUGCCCUUAAUCCCGACAUAGACAUGGCAGAGAGACCUCCCACCCCACCCAAGAAGGUGGAGAAUUGCCCUUGUGGUGCUGCACUCCAGCGACGUGCUGACUUGGAGCAGCUGCAGCUGCUGCAGAAGAAUGCAGCCAAGGACCCGGCACAAGGGCUGGAUCCUGCCCGUAGCUGCUGGCACUCUGUAAGCCAGAAGCUCACAAACUUCACUUGGUGUCGAGAGAUGAUCAGCAUGUUCACCAAGGGUGCAGCAGAGGCUGGCCCCACAGCCCCUCAGAGCAUACCUCCUGCUCCCAGCCUGGAUCAGUUUGGGGAGAGAGUUGUCUCCACUCCCAGUCAAGUGCCAGGCUUUGUUAGGAACAUGCACCAGAGGCUGGCGUCCAACGAGCCUCCAGACGACUGGCUGUUCAUGGACAUCCUGCGGCUGACCGAGGAACAGCCCACUGAUGUGGCAGUGACCCUGCUGCGGUGUGCCCCAACAUGUGACAGAGCUGCUGCAAUCAUGUGGAAGACCAUCGCCUCGUCAGGAACGUCAACGGAAAAGGUGCUGCCCACACUGCUGUGUGUGAUGGACGGCUGGCCCAUGCAGAAAAUGUACACAGCUGAUGGGGACAACAAGGAUGUCUUUGCCCUGGCUGCAACCAGGGUGAUUUGGGAGAUUCUCCGCCUGCCCUGGUGCCCAGAGCCAUUUGUGGAAUAUUCCCCCCAUCUCCUUGUGGCUCUGCUGUACCAAGUUUACGCCAGUACAGAGCAGAUGUCAGAAGAAGUAAAUACUUUCUGGAAGAAAUGUCAGGAGGAAAAGGGCAUUACUGCCAACCCCAACAGCUUUGUAGUGAGCACUGUGAAGUCGUUCCUGUACCACCUGCAAUGUGUGAAUUUACUGAUGGCUCUGGAACGGAAGUGUGCCUGGGACACGCUGCUGCGUGCUGAAACCCACCACUAUGCAAUGGGUCUGCUGGCCAGGGAGAUGCGCCGUGUCUGCCAACCUUUCUGCUCCUGCGUCGCACUCCGCCUGCUCUGCCGGCUCAGCCAGGAGGAGCCAAGCUGGGAAAUGGCCUCCCUGGCGUUCCUGGUGGAGGUCCUGGAUUGCCUGGAUUUGAAUGAAUGGGGUAACAACAUCCUGGAGAUCUUGACCAAGCACCUGCUGAGCGAGUCCAUGGAGAUGCGACGCCUGGCCCUCAGAGGCCUCGUGAUGCUCAGCAAAGACCCCUCAAUGGCCAAAAAAAUGUGCAGCCUGUCUGAACCCCUCAUGGAUUUCCUGAGGAAUGAAGACAUAGAGGUGGUCAAGAUGAGUCUGUCUGUGUUCACAAAUAUACUCGUGAACAAGGAUAUCCUAACAUCCUGCCCCACAGCCCCCAAACUGGCUGCCGCGCUCCGGCCCCUCUUUGACAGUGACAACAAUCAAGUGCAGUGGCUCUCCAUUGGCCUCUACAAAGAUGUGAUGGAAUCAGUAGUGGAAAGGGGAAAACCGGCCCUGAAGCCUCUUGUGAGCGAGAGCCUGCUUCCUCUCUUCUUCCAUUGCUACGACGAGAACCGGCGUGUGGCACAGACCUCUCGGGAAACGCUGCUCUCUGCAGUAAAGUUCCUGAAGAGAAGGGAUCUCAGACAGCUGCUCAAGUUGGAUGACCCGUGGAGCUUCGCCGAGCACGUGGGGAAGCUGCAAUCCCUGCCCCGGCUGCGGCGGCUCCGCUCUUUGUGCGCACGAGGGGCAGCGUUGGGAGAGCACGGAGCCUUUUCAGAGAUGUCAUUUGUGGCCAGCACCCUCCAGCUGAUCCUUGUCGUGUCCUGCUUCCUCCAGGCCGUGGCAAGAGCUGAGUGGGCCGGUCCUUUCAGGGGCUUUCCUCACUCUGGCCAUGGCUCUGUUUCUUUCAGCCCUUCAAGCCCUUAA